CUAUGACCCUAACCAAUAACAUCCUUUCUCUACAGGAAACAAUGACCAAGAAAAUUUUAUACGUUAGCGUUUUUAUUGUUGCUAUUUUUACGUUUAUUAACACCAAGAGAAUUAAAAGUACUACUAAUUUAACUGCACAGCAUCACAUAUUUACCCCAUGUAGUCUUUAAUUCGCGUUAGAGACAGGACUUGGUUGAUUGACGUUAUCUAGGCAACGCUAGUUAGCUGCUAACGGUAACUAACAAUGGCUAACUGUAUGGGUUUUCACACUCAAAUAGCAUCCAUCAUGGAGCUGCUAGCGAAUUCAGCCGUGGCAGAGAUCAGUAAACUCGUAGACGACGACUAUGCAGUGUUUCGUUUGGAAAUAACGCAAAGCCAGAAAGAAAACAGGACAUUGAGGAGGAAACUACAGCUACUGGAACUGAAGGUAGCACGGGAGCGCGCAGAGAGGACAAUGCGAGAGCGAUACAGAGGAAUUGCAAGAGGUGAAGGACAUCUCACUGGAGGCCACAGGAAUGUUGUAAAGCCAGCAGGACACAAUGGGUGGAGAAAUGACCAACCCAUAUCUAUAGAUGAGGGGAGUGGAACCUCAAACCAGCAUGUUAUCGUGAUAGAGUCUGUAGAUGCAGAUGCUGCAGGUCCUGGGGUCAAGCAGGAGAGGUCUGAAGGAGAGGACCCACGGCACAGCAGAGACAUCCAGAUUGGAGCAGCGGCUGGAGUGGCGCCCCCUGUAACCACAGAGGACCUGACUGCCGCGCCCCAGGCUAGGACCCGUUGCAGCAUCCCGGAGGUCAGUGGAAUGCUGAACGCCACCCUCAAGUCAGAGACGGAUGCCGAGACUUUAACUGUAACACACCGGCUCUUACACACAGGGUCUGACCACAGAUCAGACCACAGAUCAGACCCAGAGAGACUGGUGCUGGGGCCACUUGUCUGUCCUCCUGCUCCUGGCUCAGAUUACUUACCAGUAUUUCAUCAGAGCCAGAGGACGGUUCAUUCCCGUGGAGAUGGUGACGUGUUAGACACUGGGGUUGAUGAUCUGUCUUGUUCUUAUGAUACAGAGAUGGUCCCUGGCAACAUAUCCUUAGGUUUAGAGACCCAGACUGAUCUGUCUAGAGGGGACUGGAACCGGUACAGUAGUAGUAUAUACUCCGAAGGGUGCCUAGAUAAGAAAGGGGAGGUUAUAGUGGUAGAUGAGGUGACUGUGAAAGUAGAGGGUGAUGCUCCUCCCACAUGGAAUGCAGAUAGUCACCUUGGAGACGGACACUCGCAGGGCAGAGAUUUCUUAGAUUACAGGGGAAGCUUAGAGACAAAUCUAAAUGUCACAACCAAUUCUCCUUUACACGCGUUCAGGGAUCGCAAUCCAGUGUCCACGUCGAUGGGGCCUUCAGAUUCACACGGCCGUGUCCAUUUCGAUCAGGUAUUGAACUCAAACAACAGGGCUAGAGCCCAGGCUCAGGGAGGAGGAGUCACAUCAGGCAAUAGUAAAGAGAAACGAUUCUUCUGCAUGUUCUGUAACAAAGGCUUCAGGUGCCUGCAGAAGGUGGAGAUCCACCAGAGGGUCCACACAGGGGAGAACCCCUUCAGCUGUACCCAGUGUGAGAAGAGGUUCUCCCGCCAGGACCACCUGAAGAGGCACCAGAUGGUCCAUACAGGGGAGAAACCGUUCAGCUGCCCCCAGUGCGAGAAGAGGUUCUCCCGCCAGGACCAGCUGAAGAUGCACCUGAAGGUCCACACGGGUGAAAGGCCGUUUGUCUGUACACACUGCGGGAAGAGGUUCUCAGAGAGGAGCUACCUCAGGAUACACCAGCAGAAAAUGCACGCGGCCCUUGUAUAGUGACAUGUGAUCAGGAUUGAAAGUAAGGCGGUCCUGACGGCAUCCCAGCAAAAUAAAUAGUGAGGUUACGCCGUACCUGUAAAACAUGAACCUAUCACAAUAAUUAAAACAAAAUGUAAAAAAAACUUUUGACUAUUAUACCUUUAUUUUUCAUUAGGCUACCACAUAUCAGAGGCAUGAACAAUUUGCGAAUGGACUUGAAAACAAGUGGUAUAAAAAAAUGCAAUGUGGUUCGACGAGAGCACUGAUAUUUUUCCAAGGCAGAGAUGAAUGGCUGACACAGAGACAGUAGUAUAAAUUCUUGCCUAAUGAAAAUCGUCAAAAUGUUAUUACACUUUGUGGUGGUUUGUGUGACAGAUGUCUCUUUCCAUUUCCAUGUUUGGAGGCUGGAAAUACAGUGUCUUCAGAAAUGAUUCAUACCCCUUGGCUUGUUCCACAUUUUGUUGUGUUACAGCCUCAAUUCAAACUUGAUUUAAAAAAAUGUCUCUCACCCAUCGCAACAUGUUUUUAGAAAUGUUUGCAAAUUUGUUGAAAAUGGAAUACAGUUAUCUAAUUUACGAACAAUUCACAAUCCUGAGUCAAUACAUGUUAUAAUCACA